UCAGAAUAAUUUCAGAAGAGAGAUCAAAAGUUUCAAUAAGUUCAAUCAAUUUACAUCGAGUCAGAAAAAUGAUAUUUCUUCGAUCCCGGGGUGAAGAACUGCCAACGUGGCUUUUACUCGCUUUAUGUUUCUUUUUAUCUCAUCAGAGAAUUUAUGGACUUGACAAGGAGAUAAUAGACGAUCUCACUAUACCAAAUAGAAACUUUGGUUUCAAAACAAUGAACUACUUCAUAAACUUGGUGAAUGCGAAAAAGCCUCAUUUACAAAUGAUAAACAUUACCGACAAAAACACAGUUCAAAACUACAAUAAAUGCAACACAGACUACGACUUGCAAAUUAUAUACAGUAAUCAAAUGGGUCUUGACUCAGGAGUAAACUAUGUAACAAUAGAAUCUCGGAUCGUUUAUAAAUCGAGAUGUGUUUACGUUUAUGACAGUUUGGGUAGAUUCGAAUUAAAUGAACAACAAAAACAAAUAAUAGAUCUUCGAUAUCCACAAAAUUCUAUCUAUCUUAACCAUCCUUCAACGCGGCAGUUGAGUGGACCAGCAAGUGGACCGUUGUCUAUUGCAUAUGCAACACUUUUUGCUAGUGGCGAAGAUCCACGAAGAUAUCCUCUUCGAAUGAAUAUGUCAAAUCCUGACCCAACGGUUGAGUUAAGAAGACAUAUUUUGAGCAUGUUUGAAAGCAACGAAUUAACGAUUUUCCCGAAGGCCGAUUCCGAAGGACCUACUCAAUUUAGUUCCCAAAUUAUGAAGGAGCUCGGUUCACCAAAAGAGCCGUUUUCUGAUGCUACAAUAAAUUAUUUCAUCCAAAUGGUUCGAUUACAAAAGAAAUUCGAUAUGAUAAACCUUAACAACUAUAACAAAGCUUACCAGAAAGCAGACCCAAAGCAGAGAGAUAUUCAAAUAUUGUACGGUAACGGCACUUCAAAUGGUUAUUACAUUUGUGUAUUUUAUGAACCAUCUGUCAAGAAAGUGUACGUUUAUGAUAUUUUGUUACCGAAUAAACUAAGUCCAAGGAACAAGGAAAUUAUAAAAGAACGUUAUCCAGAGCGCAUAGAAAUCGUUUUUGCUAAACCAAGCAAAGACCAAAAAGAAAAAACAAAAGAAUUGGAAAAAAAUGUAGCACAAGGGAUAUUGUUUGGACGGCUAAGACAAAUAUUCAAGGAUAAAACGGAGGGCAAAGAGAUAGCUAGAAUAUCAAGUGGGCCUAUGUCAAUUGCAUAUGCAGCAUCACUCAUUUAUCUUUCGAGCAAGAGACAUUUUCUUCCGUGUUAUAGACAUUUUCGUUCUCGAGAAAGCAUUUCUGAUCUUCAACUUGAUAGAAUAAACUUAGAUGAACCGAUCGGCGACAGCCCAUACUAUGAUUUGAGAAAAAGUAUUUUAAAUUUGUUUCAAUCAAAUUUAUUAUACAGAGAAACGGUACAUGGUACAUAUAUAUCGAAUAAGCCUCCACCAAAGACGAGUUAUCAUUCGUACAGCAGUUCUUCAUCAUCAUCAAGCUCUGGGCUUCGGCCAAUAGAUUUUUUGUGGUAUUGACACCGGCAUCCGCCAGUAAUAAAUUCUGGAUCAAUACAAUUUAAGAUAAAAUUUGUAUUGAUUUUUCAAUUUUUGUGAAUAAAUUUGCACAUUGAAUUGUCCAAAAUAUCGGCAAUAAAUUCCGUGUUCAAGUCA